GAUUACAUGUGAAACUCCACAUGACCAGCAUGUGUAUUACCCAUCCUAUUCCUUCAGUGGAGAUAAGAAACUGGGAGCAAUAAAAUCGUACAGUUGUGAAACUGGAUAUCGUAAAACAGCAGAAGAGGCCACAUGUACACGAGACGGAUGGACACCAAACCACUGUGUGCUGAAAUGUGUGCAGCACCUAACAUUCCAAAUGCAGAUAUUGUUCGAGGUCAGAGACAAAAAUACGGAAUCAAUUCAAGAAUACAAUAUAAAUGUCAUCGUGGAUUUGAACCAGAGGAGCCUUUUGAAAUCACCUGUGAUUACCAGGGCCAGUGGACAGGCUUACGUGAGCAAUGCACUGUCUCAGAGAAAUGUGGACCACCACCAGGCGUGAACGAUGCAGAUACACUAGAAAUAACAAAAAAGGAAUACAAUACAGGGGAGAGAGUUGAAUACAGCUGCUUUAAUAAAUACACAUUGGAUCGACCUUUCUCCAAAUACUUCACCUGUGAGCAAGGAGAAUGGAGAGGGAAGAUUAGGUGUUUAAAGCCCUGUACAGUGACGGUAGAGGAAAUGGAAAGAAGACGUAUAGAGUUGGCCUAUGCUGAUCGACAAAAGAUGUUCGCACCACAUGAUGAUCACAUCAGAUUUAUGUGUCAGAGGGGCAAAGUUUCAGGAGGUGUUCCCCUAAGACAAAAGUGUAAUGAUGGAGUGGUGACUUUACCUGAGUGUGAGUGACAGUGGGA